AUGGCUGCUGCGAUGUAUGUCUAUAUGGACUGGCUGACGCACGAACCUGCGUGCUCGUGGGUGCUUGUCUUGCUCCCUCCGAUCGCCUGCUCGAGACAUCCUGUUGGCCUGUCUUCGUCGACCCGGCAUGCAGCUGUGCUCUCCGCGCUGCAGCUCUCCCCUUCUGUUUCCAUUCCUUUCUUUUUCCUCCUCCUGCCCUUCUGGUCCAAAGGAGGAAUCCGGCAAGCAAAAGCAACCGGUGGCUGGUCGGGCGUACCAUCACCUGAUCCGCCACUGACGUCACGGCGAGGAAAAAUAUUUGUGCACAUUCCCGUGUCAAAGGGCGAGACACGGAAAACGAGAAAAGGAUGA